UGCUUAGAGACUCUGAAAAUGGCUCUCCAAAAACUUUCUGCGUCCAUUGUGUUGACCAUUCUCAUUUGCAAUGGUUGUCAGGCACAACAGCAGCCAAUGUGUGGUAAUGUAGCUAUAAAAUCCCGGAUUGUUGGGGGCCAGGAUGCAUCUCCGGGCCGCUGGCCCUGGCAGGUCAGCAUACAGGGAGAAAAUGGUCACUUCUGUGGAGGUUCCCUGAUCACCAACCAGUGGGUGUUGACCGCGGCUCACUGCAUUGACGGUGACAUCCUCAUGUCUCAAGUUCAUUUGGGUGCCUACAAUUUAUCGGACCCCAACCCCAAUGAAGUGACUCGGGGGAUCGUGCAAUCCUUCAGCCAUCUCGAUUACAACCCUCAGACUUACGACAAUGACAUCGCUCUGCUGAAGCUGUCGGCUCGCGUCAAUUUCACAGACUACAUUCAGCCGGUGUGCCUAGCUUCACAUAACAGCACCUUUCUUGAGGGUACCAACAGCUGGGUCACUGGUUUUGGUGACCUUGGUAAUAGGAGCUUCCCUGACAUCCUGCAGCAGGUUGAAAUACCGAUCAUAGGAAAUAACAAGUGCUCAUGCUACAAUCAAGGCUUUGCCACCAUCACAGAGAACAUGAUGUGUGCUGGCCUUGAUGAGGGAGGAAAGGACUCGUGUCAGGGAGACUCGGGAGGACCGCUGGUGAUGUACAACAGUCUUGCGUGGGUCCAAGGUGGGGUGGUGAGUUUUGGUUAUGGCUGCGCCGUUCCAAUGAAACCCGGAGCCUACGCUCGAGUGUCCAACUAUCAGAAGUGGAUCAACGACACAGUCACUGGCAUGAAACCGAGCUUUGUCGAUUUCAUCUCCGAAGGCUUUGAUUUUGACUUGUCGUUCAUCUGCCCUACCACCAUGCCUCCCACCACCACUGAUGGCAGCCUCUUUAGCAGUGGUGAAAACCUGAGUCACUUCACUCACCUCGUGGCUCUCUCCGCACUUGCGCUCAUUCUCCAUGUCUUUGUCGGCAGUGGUGGAAUGUAAAUGUUGCAAAAACAACAAAAGAAAAAGCUUGCCUCUUCUUGUGCUGCACCUUUGUAGCUGGAUUCAACUAAGCUAGUUGCCAUUAAUUUCGCUUAGUUGAAAAAAUGUUAACACAAAGGUGUAUAAGUAGAAUCUCAACUUUACUAUUAAAAUCAUCAUCUGUAUUCAAUCCAAAUUAAACAGUUAAUUCUGUACUUAUAUAUAUGGUUAAAUGUUAUGAUCACAUCUGAUUUGUCACUGGCUGAUGUACUUUCCUUUAAAGGUUUGUUUAUACAGUCCUUUGAUUUGCAUGCAUUUAUGACAAAAAUAAACAUCCUUGGCAAAUUAUAAAUA